AUCGGUGCAGCAUCACUAGCAGCAUCAGCUUCAGCCUCAGCAUCAGCGGCAGCAGCGAGCCUCCACUCCAAGCUCAUCAUGGUUCUCAUCUGGACACAGUUCGGCGUGAAGCACAAGAACGUCAAGUGCAAAGUGCGCGUGAUCCACGGCGAGGAGACCUGGACCUCAGAGGAGGUGCACGAGGACCCUGAGGUGCCCAGUCCUCCUCCAUCUCCACCUUGCGUAGACCACUAUGCUGUGCUGGGGGUACCGAGUGAUUCCAAUGAGGAGGAGAUCCGGCGGGCGUACAAACGGCUGGCAUUACGCUACCAUCCCGACAAAAACCCAGAAGCAGACGCUGAGGAGAAGUUCAAGCAGAUCGCCCAAGCCUACGAGAUCCUCACAGACCCUCAGAAGCGCAGCCAGUACGACCAGCAAGGUUUAACUAAAGGUGGCGUGUCUUCCACUGGAAGCAAGGCAGACUCCGCCCACAGCAGCCCCAAGGCCGACGCCCACGCCUGGCGGGUCUUCUUCAACUUCGAGUUCGACUCAGACGAAGACCUCUUUAACCCUUUCCUGAGAAACCCCCUGCCCCACCUCAGCCGUCAACAUGGCAACAAGGCGGCGGCGGCCCAUCCCAUGACGGAGGUGCACGACCUGCAGGUGAGCCUGGAAGACAUCCUGACGGGCGUGACCAAGCGCGUGAAGGUGACACGCCUCCGGCAGACGGAGAAGAAUACGCUCCAGCCCGAGGAGUGUGUGAUCGACGUGGAGGUGAAGAAAGGAUGGAAGGAGGGGACGAAGAUCACCUUUCCAGGAGAGGGUCACCAGGUGCCCGGCCAUGCCCCCAAUGACCUGGCCUUUGUGGUCAAGGAGAAGAAGCACGACCACUUCCGACGAGACGGCUCCAACAUCGUCUACACCGCCACCAUCAACCUUCGAGAGGCUCUAUGUGGAUGCACCAUUAGUGUCCCCACCCUUGACGGACAGACAAAGCCCAUCCCCUGCAGCGAUGUCAUCAAGCCCGGCUCAGUGAGAAGGCUCAUAGGGGAGGGGCUUCCCCGAGCGAAAAACCCUGCCCAGCGCGGCGACCUCCUGGUCGAGUUCAACGUGGUCUUCCCCGACCGGAUCCCGCCUUCCAGCAAAGAGAUCAUUAAGCACAGCCUGGGACAGUGUUAACGGGCACGUGAAGAUCUCGGCGAAUAGAUCGACUUCUUGUCUCUGUGAGGCAUCCUGUGUGCUGAACUGUAUACAAACACGCACACAAACUUUCAUAGAUAGGAUAUACGCACCACAGUCAUUCAUAAGACUCACACAAACACACAUAGAGGUGCUACUCCUGAAGUAUCAAUACACCCCCUGUACAACAGGAGGGUGGAGCACUCUUCGGGAGAGGGCUCAAUGGGCUCCUGUAGGAUAUUGUUGUUCCUAUGACAAGCGUCUCAAUUCGCUCUAAACCAUGACAAACUUGUACUUGUGUACAGAAUCGUCAAUGAAUUAGUCUCUAUGAGAGAUUCCUGUGUCAUGUUUCAAUGAAUUAUUUAUAAAGACUGAUUAUAUGAAGAUUUGAAUGUGCUGUAUAACCUGGCAUGUAUGGAUAAGCAUGUUUUUUAAGAACAAAUAAAGAUUUUAUUAAAUAAAA